CCGGAAUUUGCCGAGAGUUGACGACAACACCCGGAAGUGAGAGCAACGUCACGCUCAGCAUCUGAACGGUAGCGGCGGCGGCGGCUCUGCGUGCAUCUCCCGGUGGUUAGUUAGAAGUCCGGUCACUGUUUAAACUUGCUUCAUCCGUCACCAUGUCUGUUUUGUGUUAUAAUAAGGGAUGCGGACAGCGUUUUGACCCAGAAAAUAACCCUGAAGAUGGCUGCACAUAUCACCCAGGAGUCCCAGUGUUCCAUGAUGCCUUGAAGGGAUGGUCCUGCUGUAAGAGAAGAACCACUGACUUCUCCGACUUCCUCAGCAUUGCUGGCUGCACAAAAGGUCCCCACAACAAAGAGAAGCCCCCCGAGCCGGUGAAACCAGAAGUGAAAUCAUCAGGAGAAAAGGCAAAAGAUUUAGAAGACCAAAAACCAAAGUUCAAUGAGUACAUCAUCUCUGCACCAAAACCUCAGGAGGCAAUACUCAGACCAAGUGCUGAUGAACCAAUGGUGAAAUUACAGCAUAAAGUUUCUGCUUCUCUAAAGCAGGCACUUGAAAAGCUAAAACUGUCUGAAAAUACAACAGAGAAAAAAGAGGAAGACGAAGAGGAGCUCAAGAUUGGUACCUCCUGUAAAAAUGGAGGAUGUACAAAAACUUUUGAAGGACCAGAAAGUGACUCUGACAUCUGCUCAUACCACUCUGGAGUCCCCAUCUUCCACGAAGGGAUGAAAUACUGGAGCUGCUGUAAGAGGAAAACUUCAGACUUCAACACUUUUCUUUCCCAAGAGGGCUGUACCAAGGGGGCUCAUCUAUGGAAGAAAAAAAAUACGGGAACCAAGGUGGUCCCUUGUCGCUUUGACUGGCACCAGACGGGGGCGCAGGUCAUCAUUUCUAUUUACGCCAAAAAUGCUGUCCCAGAGCUGUGCUAUGUGGAUGCCAACAGCACCACUGUCAACAUUCAUGUUAUAUUUGAAGGAGAAAAAGAAUUUAAGCAGAACAUUAGCUUGUGGGGAGUGAUAGACGUCAGCAAAAGUGUAGUGAACAUGAUGGCAGCUAAGAUCGAGAUAGCCAUGAAAAAGUCUGAGCCCAUGUCCUGGGCUCGUCUGGACCUUCCACCGCCUGUCAGCCCUUUGAAGGAGACCGAGAAGGUUCAAGAAGAUGCAGAAAGUGGGGAUGAAGAUGAUUAGCUUUCAAAUCAAAGGAUUUAUGUCUCACCAUAUUGUUUGCCUCUUGAUUAAAGUCUCUUGUUCUGUUUUCUUUGCAUUCUCUGUUUGCUCCAUAAUGUCAUUCUGAGCUUCUGUAUGUCUCUUUUUUUUAAAUGUAAAGUAUUUCCCAACUUGCAGAUUUUUACAGUGAAAAAUAGCAGAAUUGUGGGAUUAGAACUCACCUGUAUAUUUGCACUGAAGUCCCAGUGGAAGACAACCGUGCACAGCACAACCACAGUCAGGCAGCUGUUCUAUAUGGAGCGCCAUUCAGAUCACAGUGGACCAGAGUCGUAACUUAUUGUUUGUUCUUUUCAUCAACGAUUAGCUGUAAUUCCUUCAGCACAUUUGUAUGAUUUCAUUCCAUGCUUAGAAAAUGUUUUUUUAGUUCAUCCAAUCAGAGGUGAUUAAAAAGUACUCACAAAUUGUCCUGUAUAACAGAGCUACCUAAUAGAGUUUUAAUUAUGUCAAUGAUGCUUCAAAUAUUAAGCAUCUUUACUUUCAAGACAAUAAAAGGUUUUGAAAACUUGUAUCCCAUUUAACUUUUUAGGCUUAAUCUGCAUUUUUUUCCAAUAUUUAAGACACGUUUUGUACACUUUUGCUUUUUGAAACUUGUAAUCGAUUUAUUUUAUUCAGUACAUUUUAGUGUGGUUUCAAUCAGAAUGUGCUAGAACAUCUGGGAAUGCCAACUGAAUACUACGUAUUUUGAGCGACGUAUUAUGAAAUGAUACUCAAGAGAGCAUGUGUCUUGCCCUGGAAUGUAUGUCCUUUCUCUGGCUUCAUUUGAUCACCAUGAGGGUAAAAUGAUGAAAGAAGGUGUUUAUUUUUACCAAAAAUAAACAUACCGAAACUGUAAAAUCCA